GUAGGCUAAAAAUACGAAAAGAACAUGGAGAAAGAUAUAAUCACAGAUCUUCGAUCCAAGCUGAAAGAGGUUGAAGAAGAGCGGCUAAAAGCUGCACAGUAUGGUUUACAGCUCGUGGAGAGCCAAAAUGAACUGCAGAACCAAUUGGAUAAGUGUCGUCAUGAAAUGAUGACCAUGACUGAGAAUUAUGAACAAGAAAAAUACACUCUUCAGAGAGAAGUUGAGCUCAAGAGUCGAAUAUUAGAAAGUUUGAGCUCUGAAUGUGAAGCCGUUAAACAGCAACAAAAAAUGCAAUUGGAGAAAUUAGAAGAACAGCUGAGCAGACGCCAUGGGCAGGAAGUGAAUGAACUAAAAGAUAAGUUAGAAAAGCUGAAAGCUGAAUUAGAUGAAGCUAGACUUAAUGAAAAACAGCUGAAGCACAAAGUAGACCAUCAGAAGGAACUCCUAUCUUGUAAGUCAGAGGAGAUGCGGAUAAUGUCUGAACGUGCACAUGAAAGCAUGUCUUCAGAGAUGCUGGGUCUUCAAAUUGAGUUGACUGAAAUGGAAAGUGUAAAGACCACCCUCCAAGAAGAAGUUAAUGAACUACAGUACAGACAAGAGCAACUAGAACUUCUUAGUAAUAACUUACUGCGCCAGGUAGACCGACUUAAAGAAGAAAAACAGGACCGAGAGAAAGAAGCAGUAUCUUACUGCAAUGCCUUAGAGAAAGCUCGUGAAGCAAAUCAAGAUCUUCAAGUGCAAUUGGACCAGGCACUCCAGCAAGCAUUGGACCCCAGUAGUAAAGGCAACUCUUUGUUUGCAGAGGUGGAAGAUCGAAGAGCAGCAAUGGAACGCCAGCUUAUCAGUAUGAAAGUCAAAUAUCAGUCCCUAAAGAAGCAAAAUGCAUUUAAUAGAGAACAGAUGCAAAGAAUGAAGUUACAAAUUGCCACGUUGCUACAGAUGAAAGGGUCUCAAACUGAAUUUGAGCAGCAGGAACGGUUGUUUGCCAUGUUGGAACAGAAGAAUGGUGAAAUCAAACAUCUUUUAGGUGAAAUUAGAAAUCUGGAGAAAUUUAAGAGUUUGUAUGAAAAUGUGGAGUCUAAGCCUUCAGCCAACUCUGGCGUUUUGGAAGAUAAUACCUACUAUACAGAUCUACUUCAGAUGAAGCUUGAUAACUUAAACAAGGAAAAUGAAAGCAGUAAAGGAGAACUAUCCUUACAACGUAUGAAAGCAUUAUUUGAGAGCCAGCGAACUCUGGAUGUUGAGCGAAAACUUUUUACAAAUGAAAGGUUCUUACAGCUUUCCCAAAGUGAAAAUAUGAAACUUAGAGCUAAAGUAGAUGAAUUAAGACUAAAGUAUGAACCUGAAGAGAUCAUUGAAGUACCUGUACUCAAAAAGAGACGUGAAGUACUGCCUGUGGACAUAACUGUCCCAGAAGAUGUAUGUGCUAACAGUGCUGUCCAGGGAGAAGUUAAUAGAUUACCAGCUCCGAAAGAGGAGGCACAGUCUUGUCCUAUCAGUUUAGAAGAUAACUUGCACUUAGAAAAGACAGUUUCUGUAAACACACCAGUAGUCAGUCUCUCUCCCUACAAAAAUGUGUCAAUGGAAGUGCCGCCAAUGAAGGAAAAGAAACGUGUGAAACUCAUAGAGGUUACCGUUGACUCUGAAGCUUUAAGUGAAAGAAGUGGAAACAGCCUGAACUCACCCAGGUUAACUGCUGAAUCAAAGCUUCAAACAGAAGUUAAAGAAGGGAAAGAAACUGCAAGCAAAAUGGAAAAUGAAACUUGUAAGAAAUCACACCCUAUUCUAUACGUAUCAUCCAAAUCAACUCCAGAGACCCAGUGCCCUCAGCAGUAA